AUGAGCAAACUACAUACAGCACCAUCGGACCAAAUUGCAGGUAGCAGCCAUCAAGCAGUACUGCAACCUGCAAAUGGCAUCACUUCCCUUCUUGCAUGCUCCAAGCCUGCAAAUGAACAAAACAGAAAAGAAAAUAAACAGCUGACUAGCAGGGAAGAGGAUCACCUUUUCGUUGAGGAUGAGGCAGACGCACACGAUGGUCUUGCUUUGCCGCCGUCGCAUCCGGUACAGCCAGCGCCCGAGCACGGCGAAUCGGACAGAUGCCACUCAUCACCAACACUCGAUACACUUCUCGAUCUGAAGCAGCCAUACCAUGAGGUCGUCAACGCCACCGACGGUGAAGUCGUCGAACAUCUCCACCUGGAAAUGACACGAGGAGAGGGAACCCCGGUCAGAUCCAGAGCCGCAAGUAACCCAAUCGCUCGCGGCCAAGAGAUCGAGGCAGGAGGUGGAGCGGAGAAACGCGAACGAGAAGACGGAGAGGGAGAAGCGUACGAGGAGCUGGAUCUGCUCGCGGGCGUGCGAUUUGAGGGGCGAUUUGAAGCGAAGGAUCUACAGCGCAGCCUUCUCGUUGCGCCAGGCCAGCUUAAGCAGCUCGGCGUCCGUGGCCGCCACCGCAGUUGCCGAGUCGUCGUCCCAUGCACGGUCGUCGACCAGGCAGAGUGUGAGGAAGGGAGAGGGAGGGAGGGGCGUUGGCCAUGGCAGCGUGUGAGAGAGGAACGGGAGAGGCCUAGGGUUGAGAUGGAGGUUAAACUGGGCUGCUGA